CCUAUCAUAUUAUGUUCUAAUUGAAUCUCUCGCUUCUCUUUUGUUUAUAUUCCAAUAGUAAUAUUCCGUACUCCGACUCGCAUCCCCAAUCCGAAAACAGUGGAACCGCCCAACGUUGAGAAUCACCAAACUUCUAGCCUCAUCCCUGCAAUCGCUUCUCUCCCAACUUUGCUCCGUUCCAUUGCUUCACCACUCCGAACCUCUCAAUUCCGUCUUGUCUCUUCUGUCUUCCUACCCUCCAUCUUUUACUCCUCCACUUGCACCGGACUAAUCCCCUUCCACCCCCUCCCUUCCUCCACCUCCGGUAGCACCCCACCCACGCCGAACCAUGGCAUCCGUCCGCUUCCUCCGCCCGACCGCCACCCUCGCAUCCGCCGCCCGCGCAUCGGUCCGCCAGUCAAGUCGGCCGGCGUUCCGCGGUGUGGCGGCGUCGUUGGCACCAUCAUGGGCGGGACGGAGAGGAUAUGCGUCGGAGACAAAGGAGAUGACAGUGCGAGAGGCGUUGAAUGAGGCCAUGUCCGAGGAGAUGGAGCAGAAUGAGAAGGUGUUCAUCAUGGGGGAGGAGGUGGCGCAGUAUAAUGGAGCUUACAAAGUCACGAAAGGUCUUCUUGACCGCUUCGGCGACAAACGAGUCAUCGACAGCCCCAUCACCGAGUCCGGCUUCGCAGGCCUCACCGUGGGUGCCGCCCUCGCCGGCCUCCACCCCAUCUGUGAAUUCAUGACCUUCAACUUCGCCAUGCAAGCCAUCGACCAAAUUAUCAACAGCGCCGCUAAGACGCACUACAUGUCCGGCGGCAUCCAGCCCUGCAACAUUACCUUCCGCGGGCCGAACGGGUUCGCCUCCGGCGUGGGCGCGCAGCACUCGCAGGACUACGCCGCGUGGUACGGGAGCAUCCCCGGGCUGAAGGUCGUGGUCCCGUAUAGCGCAGAGGACGCGAAGGGCCUGAUGAAGGCGGCGAUUCGGGAUCCGAAUCCCGUGAUGGUGUUGGAGAAUGAAUUGUUAUAUGGGCUCUCGUUCCCCAUGAGCGAGGCGGCCCAGAAAGACGAUUUCGUUAUUCCGUUCGGCAAAGCCAAAAUCGAACGCCCUGGCUCUGACCUCACCAUGGUCACCCUCUCCCGCUGCGUCGGCCAAUGCCUCACCGCCGCUGCUCAGCUCAAAUCCCAGUACGGCAUCGACGUCGAAGUCAUCAACCUCCGUUCCAUCAAGCCCCUCGACGUUGAGGCCAUUAUCAAAUCCGUCAAGAAAACCGGCCACCUCAUGGCCGUCGAGAGCGGCUUCCCCAGCUUCGGCGUCGGCGCCGAGCUGAUCGCCUUGACGUGCGAGUUCGGCUUCGACUAUCUGCGCGCGCCGCCGGUCCGCGUGACGGGCGCGGAGGUGCCGACGCCGUAUGCGCAGAAGUUGGAGGAGAUGGCGUUCCCGAGUGAGCAGUUGAUUGUGGAUUAUGCGGCGAAAUUGCUGCGGGUUUAAUUAAUAUUGGCGAGGGGCGCACCUGGCGAGAGAAGCCAGCGAGUGGGGUUUGGAAACCGAGAAUGGACGGUGUGGUGUGGUGUUGUGCGAUGUUGUAGGGGGUGUUGGUGUGUUGGUCCUUCUGCGUCCUUUUCCUUUUCACAUACAUUCCACGGAUCUGGGGUUCUUGGGUCCCCAAAAAGCGCGCUUCGGUGGUCAGGAGUUCACCGUAUUGUGCGUAUUUACGGCUUAGAUUCAUCAUUAAAUCAC